AUGACUUCUAUGUGUCCACCACCUGAAAAAAUAAAAACUAAAGGGGGAAUCAAGAAGAAAGACAAAAAACCAGUAGGAUAUGAUGUUUAUAGAGACCCUUCUUAUCACGAGUAUGUUGAUCAAGCAUCUCAAUCUUCACAGAUGCAAUCGCAACCAUCACAAACUUCGAAGAAGUUGAAAUUAUCACAGUCUUCACAAAAGAAAUCUCAACCAUCACAAGCUUUGAAGAAGUUGAAAUUAUCACAGUCAUCUAAGCAGUUCAUCCUUCAGUUUCCUAAUCACAUUCGGUCAUAUAUUGAUGAUGUAGUUAAUGUUGUAUCAGAUGGUAAUUGUGGAUUUAGAGUCAUUGCUUCAUUGCAAGGAUUGGGUGAAGAUGGUUGGUCAAUGAUUCGUCGAGACUUGGGGUUGGAAAUAAUACAUAAUGAAAGAUCAAGUUUGUAUGCCAAUUUAUUUACUGAUCAGUUAGCAGUGGUGAGAGAAUCUUUGAUGAUAGAGGAAGUCGGUUCUCAACCACCACAUAAAUGGUUAACUCUACCAGAUAUGGGUUACAUGAUAGCGAAUCGUUAUAAUGUUGUACUUGUCUAUUUAGGAAUUGAAUGCUGGACUUUCUUCCCUAUGACAACUUCAUUUUCACAGAAUGCAGCAAUCUACUGCAUUGGUUUUGUAAAUGGAAAUCAUUGGGUUCAGGUGAACAUGAAAGAAGGGUUUCCAUUGCCACCGGUGACAGUAGAUUGGAAGAAUUUUCGUUCUCCAGCAGCAACAUCUUGGAUGCUAGGAUUUGCACCACGUCUACAACAUUGGCAACAACUUACGCCUAUAUUACCAACACAUUAUACAUUAUAA